CUCGGGCGCAUUGCUAUGGCUUCCUGAUUGGGUUGGUAGCAUCGCUAGCGAGUUUAGAAAACAAUUUUGGAUCACUUCUCAGAAGCUGGUCAAUUAUUUGGGGGCAUUUGAUUGUUGCGUAAAUGGCACGUGCGCGCAAUCUAAUAGUUGCUGGAGGGCUUGUUGCUUUUGCUUCAGCAGGGUUGGCAUUUCCCUUCUACAUGGCAUCUUCAAAGAAGCCUGUAAUUGACUCAACAAAGCCGCUUCCGCCGCAAGCAACUUUUCGAGGGCCUUACAUUAACACCGGUUCGCGUGACAUCGGUCCUGAUGAUCAAACUUUCCAGAAGAAAUGAAGCAAGCCUGAGAGUCACCAUGUUUUGAGUUAGAAGGCUAAGCUCAUGCAUACAUACAUACAUACAUUUGGUUAUUCUUCAAAAGGAGUUUAUCAUAUGGCAUGCAAAUCAUUGCAACCGGGGUAGAGUUGUGCAUGUUCUUGAAAAUAAUUUUACACGUGUUGAAUAAUGUUUUGUUCUGAAAAAAUGAUGUAGUAGAAUCUGCUAGCAAAGAGUAUUUCUCAUUGUCUGAAGGGAACGUUUUCCCCCACGGUUUGAGGGGAUCAUGACAUGGCUGGGCGUUGGAAGAUUUGAGUAUCAUCUUGUAUGAAGUAGGAACCAACCAACCUAGACGGGGGGAGCUUUUUUCUCUUUUGCUAUUUAUAUUUUCUUUAAGAGGUUCUUGAAUCUGUAUGGAUUUAUGUUACUUGAGUGAUUGUAAUAAGAAAAAAAAUGAAUACUAUCGCCACAUUAUUGCAAAUUA